AUGGAAUAUUUCAAAAGUAGUUUAAAAUCUGUCCUGGGUACCGCUCCUGCCGGUACGCAACCAACUGGUGCCGACACGGUAGAAAGGUUAGUGGACAGACUACAAUCCUCUACUUUGCUCGAUGAUAGAAGGGAUGCUUGCCGUGCCCUCAAAGCGUUAUCUCGCACGUAUCGCGUGGAGGUAGGUGCCCAAGGAAUGGAUGCGCUAAGGCAGGUUCUGGAAAUGGAUAAAACAGAUUGCGAAAUAAUUGGAUUAGCCUUAGAUACUCUCUGUAACAUAACAAAUCCUGAAACAUUUGAUGAAGAAGUGGAUAAACAUGACCCUGGAAACAAGAUAGGAGAACAGUUUACAGAAAUAUUUAUUAAGCAUCCAGAUAGCAUUAAAUUGGUGCUGGAAUUUCUUGAAGAGUUUGAUUUUCGUGUCAGAUGGCCAGCAUUAAAACUAUUAACACAUCUAUUAGCAAAUAGAUCUAAAGAUAUUCAAGAAAUCAUUUUGGUCAGUCCUAUGGGUAUCUCUAAAUUGAUGGACUUACUGAGCGAUAGCAGAGAAGUUAUUCGCAAUGAUGUUUUAUUAUUGCUCAUUCAAUUAACAAAAGGCAAUGCAAACAUACAAAAAAUCGUAGCAUUUGAAAAUGCUUUUGAUCGUAUAUUUGAUGUUAUCAAACAAGAAAAUAAUGCAGAUGGUGGUAUUGUUGUGGAGGAUUGUCUCUUAUUGAUGUUAAAUCUUCUUAGGGGAAAUAUUAGUAAUCAAAACUUUUUUAAGGAAGGCAGUUAUAUCCAGAAAUUAAUUCCAAUGUUUCAAAUUCCUAACGAAAUGGAGGACAACAAUCUUGGUGGAUGGAGUCCACAGAAAGCAUCAAAUGUUCACUGUAUGGUGCAAGUUGUACGAGCAUUAGUAGCACCAAGUGCUCCUGCUCAGGCAGUCGCAGCUUGUCAACAAAUUAUGAGAGCAUGCGGUUUACUGCAAGCGUUAUGCGAUAUAUUAAUGGCGAGUGGAGUACCAGCAGAUGUACUAACAGAGACUAUUAACACUGUAGCAGAAGUAAUAAGAGGGAAUGCUAGUAAUCAAGAAUUUUUAGCGGGUGUUAUGGCGCCAAGUACACCACCAAGGCCGGCUAUCGUUGUUUUAUUGAUGUCCAUGGUGAAUGAGAAACAACCAUUCGUUCUACGAUGUUCAGUAUUAUAUUGCUUCCAAUGCUUCCUAUAUAAAAAUGAAGUUGGACAGACACAAUUAAUUCAGACUUUAUUACCUCAAGGUAAUGAAGUACCGUCGUUAACUACAGGACAGUUGUUGUGUGGUGGACUAUUCUCUAUAGAUUCUCUGUCAAAUUGGUUCUCAGCCGUAGCAUUAUCUCAUGCCUUGAUCGAAAAUAUAAGCCAGAAAGAACAACUUUUAAGAGUACUUCUCGCAACCAAUAUCGGAAAACCACCAGUGACACUUAUGCAACAGUGUGUCAUGUUAUUGCAGCAGGGUAAUAAAACGCAAUGUAAAUUAGGUCUAUUAAUUCUACUUUGUCGAUGGACCUCAUAUUGUCCGCUCGCGGUGAAAGCAUUCCUAGCUAUUGAUUCUUCAGUAGCAUAUUUAACAGCCCUUUUAUCAUCGCAAGAAAAUAAUGAUGAUUUACAAGAAACUUUGCUACAGAGUAUGUGCGCUUUACUUAUUGGUAUUUGUGUACACUUUAAUGAUGAUAGUAUACCUACUUAUACUAAGGAAAAAGUAUGCAAUUUAAUAGAAAAUAGAAUUGGUUUGGAAAAAUUUCAAGAUGCAAUCGGUGGUAUUGCCAGACAUGAGAUAUAUUCUCGAACAUUGAAACAUCCACAACCUUCAGCUAAAAACCCAUCAGAACUUUUAUUGGAUCACGAAUUUUGCAGAUUAUUAAAAAGUUUGGAAGGUAUUAUAAUAAAAUCAGUAAUGGAUGCUAAUAACGAACAUCAGAAUAAAAAUCAGUUAUCUAUAAUAAACGUAUCUGAUAAUACAUUGAUUUCACAAUAUAAAGAUCUUAUUAGAGAGCAGGAUACACAACUUCAACGGCACAAUCAUACUAUUGAUAUCCUUACAAAAGAAAAACAAGAAUUUGAGAUACAAAUACAAGAACUUCAAUCAACUGUUAAUCAUCUUCGAGAUCAAAAUUUAGUUCUUCGAGCUGCACAAAUUAAUAUAGGAGAUGGAAAGGAGACAGUCACUUCUAGUAAUAAUCUAGAUUUUGGCAAAGAAUUACAAAGAUCUUGUGAUUGCAAAAUGAUAAUUGUAGUAUUAGAAAAUCAUUUAGCGGAAUAUACAGAGAAGAAUAAAGAAUUGGAGUAUCAGUUAAAAUCAAAGACAGAUGAACUUGAGAAAUUGAAAAAAGAUCAAUUAAACAAAUUGGAGUAUCAAUUGAAAUUGAAGACAGAUGAGUAUGAGAAAUUAAAGAAGGACCAAGAAGAUCUUUUAGAACUUUUGACGGAUCAAGAUAAUAAAAUUACACUAUAUAAAGAAAGAUUAAUUGAACUAGGGGACAAGAUUGAAUCUGAUGAAAGUUCAGGUGAAUUUGAUAUAGAUGGCAAACCAGAAUCAAGUAACUAAGACUUUUUCUCUAACUAUCAAUGUUUUCUCAGAUAAAUUAAUAAAAUUCCACUACUAGAGAGCAA